AACUUCCACAAGAACUUUCGCAAGAACUUUCACUAGCUCUACAAGCGUCACAAAGACUUCCACAAAAACUUUCACGAGAAUCUUUACAAAGAUAUUCGCAAGAACUAUUUGUACAAAAUCCCGAUAUCAUUGCUGUCGCUUUACCACAGACCUUACCUGAAAUUCAGGAA